UAUAAUGCUUUCAAGGUAAAUCGGGUGAAGAUACGGGUCCCCUUCCAAUAAAAAAAAUAUGUAUCUAAAAAAGAGACAAGAGGAAAAUAGGAAAAAAUAGGAAUCUUUUAUGUUGGUUUAUUUGAUAUCAUUAUUUGGAGAUCUUUAUAGUGAUUACUGUAAACCAACUUUUAUCCGCAGCUACUUAAAUGUGCGAUUAACUGACGAUUAACUGGUUUGCAAAGACUAAUUUUCGCGACCAAACCUUAUUAGGACCUGCAUUGUUAUAAAAACUAUAGACAAAGGAUUGGUUCGCGGCGAGAAAUAUUGGCGACGACAGGGCUCUCGCUAACCUUGCGAAUAUUUCUCGCACGCGAAUAAAAGUUGAUUUACAGUAUUUUGCUCUGACAAAAGCUUAUGUGGUCGUCGUCUGAUGAAUUAUGUGGCGGCCAAUAGAUAAUAAUUCGGUAGCCGCUAGAAAAUUCCUUGUGUUUGCCAAAUAUUUAAUAUUUGAAAGCCGCCUGAUAUUUGUUUAGCAGCCCCCAGAUAACUACACUACAAUCAGCAUGAUUCAGUAUAUUUACCGUUUUUUAAAGCGGUUAAAUUUUAAUUCGCUGUAUCUAUUUAAAGGUUACGCUAAUAAGCAUGUUAUUACUUACACAUGUUGUGGAUGGAAACCAUAUUCAAGUAUUACUCAGUCUAAAAUCAGCAAAAGGAACUAAUGAUGCGUUGUGCUAUGUGCAAUCAUUCGUACACGGAAAAUGCAUUUAAAUUAAUUGUCAUCCUGUUUCCAAUUUAACCUUUGAUGAAAAUACGUACGAAUGACCAAAGCCGACUGGGUUUCAUUGUUUGGUUGAAACUAUGCAUUCGCUGUAAAAAGCUCUUCUACUUACUUUAUUGUGAAAUUUCUCCACCGGAUAAGAAUCAGGAAUCUGUUCUAUUGUUUCCUAUGGGUUGAUGAAUUGUAUUUUAACAGAACAUUAUCCAUUUCAAAAUUCGUCAAACAUUCUAAUUAACUUGUUUACCUCUAUAUCAAUGUCACCAAUAUAGGGAUCCUUUGGAAUGCUGUAAAAAAUUUGCCGGCAACUCUUGCAAAAGUAAUACAGAUAUACUUAUAUCAACUCUGAAAUAGUAGAACUUGUAUCGAGGUAAGUUUUAAGUUUUUGUAUCAUGAGCUUCAUGUCACUUUAACAAGUAUGCCCUCUUAGUAAGGUUUGAAAAGACUGCCCGGAAGACUGUCCUCCACAAUUCUAUAGAAGAUUCUGCAGAAACGAAAUGUUCACGUAACUCAUUUGAUUAUAUUACUGGGUGCCUAAACCAAACAGGUCAGUAGAUUUUUUGAACCAGAAUUUAAAACGAUUUUGUAAUUUACCCAUAUAGAAGUCAGAAAACUAAGUUUCCUCUCCUCUAGCCUAGCUUCUUUGUUGAAUUGAACAAAAGGUGAAAUAUAGUAAUUUUAGACUUCAAAUGGUUUGAUUAUGUAACCCAGUAUAUUAAGAAGGACACAAUAAUGUUUUCCAAAUCAUCGUUAUGCUGGUAGCUCAUUAAAAAUGUAAUCUCUAUACAUCAUUUUACAAACUGUCGUACGUUUUGUUGUAUAUUUAUUUUUAAGAUUACUGUUAUUUUUUUAUUUUUUGAUGAAAUAGAAAAGCAUAAACAUUUUAAGUUAUCCUUAAUAAGAUGUAAAAGUACCCCUCAACAAUGGCACCUUUAUUCUUUCUAAAAUGUCCUAUUAAUAGUACUUGUGCCUGUAAUUAAAAGCAGUCGUGAUGUACAAUGAUUAGACUGUCACAAAAUGUCAUUUUUAAUCGAAAUAAAUUGCAACCUCCUUAUGUUUCUAUUUGGUGACAUGUUAGUUCAAAUUUUGUAUUAAAAAUAAUAAACAUUUCCAAAUGCAUAAUGAAUGUACCUUUUAGCCCGGUCGAAUAUCAAUUGAAAUCUAGGAAGUAUAAAUUCUCGAGGGGUUGCAAUGGAGUACUUGAACGGCAAUUAAACUCUACUCUGACAUUUGACCAAUUAAAAUUAAGUUCGUAUGCGAUUAUGUUACAUAAAUGGACAAAGACUAAUAACUCGUUUUAAUGUUGGCUAAUUCUCCCUGUAAAAAUUUAUUGAUCCAAAUAGCAACUGAUUAAUCUGUUGUUUUCAACAAACUGUUAAAAAUGUUUAUUCCUUGUUCCAGAAUCCUGGCAGCAAUUCCUAUGACGUCUAAGCAAAUUGAUUUAUUCCGUAUCUUUGUGAUCAGAUCGCUGCAACGCGAUGGGGUUUUUUUUUUUCUCAAACUUCCUUCAAUUACAUACUAUAAAUUCAAGGACAGUUCUUUUUUUAAUUCCUUGAUAUAAAAAAACAAUCCUUUAAAACGUAUUAUAUUUUUUCAUAAAAGUUAAUGAUACAUAUUAAAUAAACAAGUAUGCAAACUAGGGUAAUUAUUGAAAUACUCAUAUAUGUUAUAUUAAUUAGCCUUUAGUAGCCUUUAUCAACAAUUAUGGAAUAUUUCCGUCUCUAUGUUAUAUUGAAACACUUGGCACAAAUCAAAAGGCUAUCCGACAAUCAACAUGUUUAUUUUAUUCCAAUUUUCCUUCAUUGCUUUUUCAAAUAUCGUUUAUACAUGUACAUCCACGGAGCUGACUGGGGUAUGCUCAAACGGUUCAGAUGGAAGCCGCUUGGAGUGUUGUGAAAAUUAUCGAGCCCUUGGGAACUCUUGUGAAGAAUGUUGGCCGGGAACUCAUGGUGUAGAUUGUAGGGACUACUGUCCUCCUAAUUUCUACGGCAGAUUAUGCUCAAAGAAAUGUGGCUGUGAACCAUGUGAUAAAGUCACAGGAUGUUUAAAUGCAACGGAUAAGGAUCAAAAUACGAGUAGUAACAAGUCCUAUCCGGGGGAAGAUGAAAGUCCAACGAACUCUUCAACAUGGCUUACGUUGUCAGUCUUAGCAUCUUGUUUCGUAAUCUGUUUUAUUUUCUCUCUACGAAUCUUCUGUAUAAUUCGACGGAUACCGACUACAAAACCAAUCGAUCUGGCCGAAUAUGAUACCACAAAUUGAAGAGUUUCAUCAGAGAAUCGUAGACGUAGUGGGUCGUUAACGUCGAGGACAAUUGAUUCAUCUCCAACCAAUGGCACAGGAACAAGCUAUACAGAACUUGACAGAUCAAAAUAACAUGACAGAAUCAAGCUCUCAAAAUGCUUAUGGUCAUGUGGACUCAAUAUAUGGAGAUUACAACAUUCUUAAACUGACAGCGUUGGAUAAAAUGAUCAAUUGUAAAUCACGAUUAAAAAUUUGACUCCUUUUAGAAAUGUAAUACUAAA